AUGAUUUUAUCCAUAAAUUUAGGAUAUUUUAAAGAACACCUAAGCUUUUUACGACAACUGAUACCUGAAAGGCCGUUAUUGUCAACUAGUCAAAAGUUAGUAAUUGUAUCUGUUUCAACUUCAGUAGUGGUUUUUGGAGUUUUAUCCAAUUACCUACGACGAAAAAAAAGAGUUAUAGACCCUUCAAAGCUCAAAGACACUUCACAAUAUCGAAGAGCAGUUUUUAGUACUGUCAGUGGUAAAAGGUCCAGGACAUCUGGUAUCCGUAGUCCAAAUGGGGAAGUGGGUAGUAUUGCCAGUAGUGGAAGAAGGAGUGCUGCAUACAGUGAUAAAUUCAAUAAACAAGGGUCCAUUGCCAGUGGGAAGGGGUCAAUAGCAUCUGGGAGCCUGGUAAGCAGUGGAUUGCCCAUACCAGAGGGCCUCAACACAUCCAAUUUGACUCCACAACAACUAGGAGUUAUGGGGAGGUCAGUAACCUCAGAAAACGUUGAAAAGGUGUGA